AUGGAAGAAGACCAAGCUGUGUGGGAUGACAUCGACCUGUCCUGCCUCCCAGACUAUGACUUCUCCAUCGCAACACCCUUCCCCGCUACUACUCUCCAAGAUUUCCACUCCAUUACUAUUUCAUCCCAUUUCAACAUUAAUUCAUCACCAACGACAAUAGAUUCACUGUCGUUUAGCCAUGCCAUUUCUCUCUGCCCUUUCGUCGAAACUGGAGCUCAUCCUCCGGUUUUGUCAAACCCGGCUCAGCAGAGCGGUUCGAGUUCUUCGACUUCCCUUGUUCAGAAAAAGAAAAAGGUCACUGAACCAAAGCCACAAUCCGAUGAGCAACGUAUGAAGAAGUUGAUUAAGAGUAGAUUGGCAUCUGCUCGGGACAGAGCCAGAAAAGAGGCUUAUAAAAAGGACUUGGAACUUCAACAGUACCGGCUAAAGGAAGAGAAAAAACUGCUCGAAAAACAGAUUCAGAGCACGGUUCUUGAAUGCCCAAAAAUGAGUACGAGUCUGUAUAGAACCUUCACAGCACCAUUUUGA